AUGAAAGAGUAUGAAGAAGUUUUCAAAAUAAAUAAUACUGUCAAACCAGUUUGGGUAUUAUUCACAGAUGGAGGUCCAGACGAAAAUCCUAGGUUUAUCAACAAUAUCUAUCAGUAUUGUUGUUUGUUCAAAAAAUUAGAUCUUGAUUAUCUUACUAUACGUACUAAUGCACCAGGACAAUCUGCGUUUAAUCCUGUUGAGAGAGCCAUGGCAAGCUUAUCUAAAAAAUUAGGUGAAAUUUCUUUUAGUAUUGAUACAUUUGGCAACCACCUUGAUUCUCAAGGUAAAAUAAUUAACAAAGAUCUUGGGCUACGAAAUUUUCGGCAUGCUGGUGAAGCUUUAUGCAAUAUUUGGCAACGUGAUAAAAUUUUUGGUAAACCAGUCUAUUGUGAAUAUGUUGAUGAGGAGUCGAUGCCUUUUUCAGAUGUUGUUUUUGAAACAAAUUUGGGUUGUAAUAAUGAAAAAGCCAAUGACGAAUAUGAAGAACCAGAAGUUGGAAAUGUUGAAGAUACUGAACAAGUUCUAUGGGCCUGGAUUGAAAAUCAUGCAAAAAUGUGCAAGUAUUCUUUGGAUAUUCGAAAAUGUGAAGUUCCUGAAUGCUGUUCACCAAAACGAGCUCCCGAGGUUGCCACCCUUCUUGAACCUACAAAUGGUUUCCUUCCACCAGUGAUUAAAGGCAAAGACAAUCACUUUUUGAACCCGAUUCAUACUGUAGAAUAUUUAGAUUCGGCAAAAUUAGCAAAGUAUGAUGAGCAUUGUCCUUCAAUUAGUGCAGAACUAUAUGCAUGUCUUGUAUGCAAAAAAUGUAAAAAGUACUUUCCUACAUGUGCUUUUCUUUUAAACCACAAACAUCUUGCCCACCCUAAAAGUAAAUAA